AUGGAGGUUGCCUUUGUCUCCGACGGAGAAUGCUUCAUGGUGGGUGAUGCGUGCUCCGAUCCGGUGGAGGAUAUAACAUCCGUCGGAUAUGCGAAUUUUACAGACGACAAAGUCCCUCCAUGGAAUCGGAUUCGACUGACGACGACGUUCAUCAAGUCUCAUCACACUGUUGGUAGUGAUAUUGUCAUCCUUUUACUCUAUGUGGAUGAUAUUAUUAUUUCUGGGAGUACUACUAUAGCUAUUCACCAGGUAAUUCAGUCUUUAACUACUGAAUUUGAUAUCAAGGACUUGGGAGAGCUUCAUUACUUUCUGGGGAUUCAAUUCACUAGGACUGAUCGAGGCUUAUUCUUGUCACAGUCAAAGUAUAUACAGGAUGUAUCGGAGAAAGUUGUGAUGGUGGAGUCUAAGGCUUGUGACACUCCAUGCCUUCCCUACAAUAGACUGCUUAAGGAUGAUGGUACUCCUUAUAACAAUCCAACUGCGUAUAGGAGCAUAGUUGGAGCAUUACAAUAUCUUACCUUCACUCGCCCCGAUAUUGCCUUUUCAGUUCAUCAAGUUUGCCAAUUUAUGCUGUCUCCAAUGGUGUCUCACGUCACAACAGUUAAACGUAUCUUGAGAUAUCUCAAGGGUACAUUAUCGGUUGGUAUUUUUUAUACUCGGCGUGAUUUAUCAUUGAAGACUUUUAGUGAUGCAGCCUGGACAGGCGACCUUAAUGAUCGACAUUCAACUACUGGCAUGGUUGUGUUCUUGGGCAACAACCCUAUUUUGUGGUCCUCCAAGAAACAUAAUACGGUUUCCCGUUCUUCCACAGAGAUUAAAAUUCCUACAAGCUCCUCUGUUUUGUUUAUGAUUUGGUUGUGGGGCAUGUAA